GAGAGAAAGUACCUGUUCAUGCGUGUAAAUCACCAAGGUCACGGCUUCCUUUCCGGCACAUGGCGGUGUUUAAACUUUUGUUUACAUGUUUACAAAAGACCACGAAUUAAUUAUAAGUAAAAUCAAUAUGUAACGAGAGUCAAUAUUUAGGUUCAAACGUUAAAGUAAAAAAGAUACAAAAUGUUGCACGUAACAACAGAAAUUGGAAGACCGGGAAAGAAAGAACGUGAAAAGCGACACUACCCACAGCUACAGAAUAUUUGUACUGAUUAUGGCCCCUACAAACCCAGAGGUAGACGAUAUAUACCACACGGGUAUGGUUUCUAUGAUGAAUGGACACCACAUAACCAGAACGUGCAGGUUCAAUAUUCAGAAGCUGGUCCAGAUUGGUCUUCCAAACUGAAAUAUAUAGAUCAUCCUCAGAACCCAAAGUACCCAGCAGCAGAGAUCUUCCCUGAGAACUGGAAAGCUAUGAGACCAUACCCAUUUACUUACAGGAGGUCGGAUAAUGAGUGGCUAUUAGACCCUGGACUGUCCAGUAAAGGGAUGAAAUGUACAUUUAAUGGUGUUCAUAGAGCCACAGAUACUUCCUCUGAUGAAAUCACACAUAGAAUGUUAUAUGGUAGAGGCAGAAGGGAAGUAACCAUAGAUAAGAGGAAUGGUCUACCCUAUGCCUCUGAAGGGGACAAGAAUUAUCAGGCUCCAGAAUAUAGUUCAGGCUUUCAUCGAGUCGGAUCUUCCCUUCCACUGCCUCAGUUCGGUGCUAAUUUUGGCAAAAAACAAGUAGAUACAUUCGUACCCCUCCAGCCUUUACCAUCCGUCAAAAGAGACACAUUUAGAGAAGUAGAGAAAAGAAAACAGAAAGAAAAUGAAAUCAAUGUGGUGAAAAAUUUAGAUGUAUGGAAACCUGCCACACCACUGAACAUUAUACAACACAACGAGGAAGUGGCUGCUGCCACCAAAAAGUAAUAAUGUGCUACCACUGCCAUAUCAUCUGUUUUGGCUGCCAUUUAAAUAGCAAUGUUCUGCCAUGGUUUUCCUAUCAGUAUUAGACAUCUUAAUAGAUAUUUUUCUUAAUUUACAUGGCAUCUUACAUUUAUAUUGUAUUUUUGAUAUCUGAUGAAAUGAAAUUUGAAGUUAUUGAUGUUUUUUUAAUCUAACAUUGAUUAUAUAUUUUCUCAAAGCUUCAAAAAGAGUUGCAAACUUUCCUUUCUUUAUAUUUUUCCUAAUCAAAUCCAAUAAAUCAUUUGGUGCAAGUUAUUUUGCUUAAGACUAUCGGUAUAUCUUUUUUUUCUAAUUUUGAAUGUUAACUUAGGUGUAUGUAAAAUUAUUUGCAAAAUGAGUUCAUAAGUAGACAAAGUGUUAAAUUAGUGCUCAAAAUAACAAUGGAAUUGUACAUGUUGUGAGUUUCUGUGCAAACUUCCAACAUCUGCAAUCUGUUGUCCUUUUUGUAUUCAAUUUCAUUAUAUGAAGUAACUUAUAUAUAUGUGAAGAAAGUGGCAGAUGACAAUAUAAACAUAAAUGUAGCUAUAAGUGAUAAAAAAAUCAAUGCUAUUUGAGUGACUUUAAUAGCUUUUUAUCCUUUACUGCCCUUUUGAAACAUAAUGCCUAUUCUUAGUUGUUUUCUUCCUAAAAGUUCACUUCUAUUGAAAAUUUAUGAUUGAAUCACUAUAGUUCAGUCUUUAUACAGAAAUGCACAAUAGUUAUAUAUCCUUGUAUUUAUAAAUACAAAUUUAUUUCUAUGAUUUGCUCAAUUAUUUAUUUAAUUAUAUAAGAUAUUUAUGUGUUUUUGAGAGAUACAUACAAUGUAUGAUUGAUAUAAUUUUGUGAUAAAUGUUUUACAUGGUAUAUAUUGGGUUAUGUAGAUUUUCAUUGAAAAGUUAUGAUACAAAAGAAUUUGUCUACACCAAGUGAAUGGACUUCGUGUUGUGAUAAGAUAUUAUUUAUGUUCAAAUAUGGAAAUGUUAUAAGUGUAAGUUAUAUAAAUAUCAGUUAAAGACUAGGUUCUGUCUAACCUCGAACAAGUUUAAUUUGAGAUUUACUCAAUACAACUUCAAACUACAGAGACCUGUUUGUUUUUACAUACAAAUAAUAGUUUUUUGUUUUUUCACAAGUCAAACUUCAACAAUGCACCAUGGUUUUCAUAUUGAAACAGUAAUCACAAAUGGCAUUAAACUAGUACUAAUUUCUAACAUAUUAGUGAAUAAAGUGCAAAACCUAAAAUUUAAUAUUUUUCAAUCUGGAAAUAGA